GAACUUUCAAACACGGUUGGUAAACGCGCUCUCGUUUUCGCCUUCGCACUGUGUGUUAGUCCGUGUGUGUUUAUAUGAGUUCUAUAGGAGCAGUGUGAAAUUCUGUUUGAGUUUUCCACCGCCUCUGCUCGGAGGGACAUGCGGUGGUUUAAUCCCGACACAGCGCUCACUCGCUCCCGCUGACUCAGUCCAAAACACAAAGACUGCUGUGAGGUUUCAGGUGCUUUUGUAUCUUUCUUUUAUUUCAUAAUUCAUGCUUUGUUUAUGACUGGAACAGACAUUGGAAAACAGUCCGUAUCUGAGCUUUUGGAAGAGAGGUCUUCUGCUCUUUGGAUGGUCCUGUUUCAGUUGUCACGAUUCAACAAAAUUCUGAAAAAGUAGUGCAAUGGUACUGGCAAGCUCAUUGUCCACUGAGAAGUAAACAGGAACACCCACUGUCACCACUGGAGCAGUGAACUUCUCCGUUUUGUAGCUUAUUACACAUUCAAAGGAAGUGUAAUUGCUUUUCUGGAGUAAGAGAUGAUGGAUGCUCUGGACUCUUUGCAAGGAUCCUCUUCUCUGGACUCCAAAGCUGAACGUAUCGCCCGGUACAAGGCCGAGAGAAAGCGUGAGCUGGCGGAGCGGUUUGCCAACCUAGAGGAAAGUUCAUCCAAGUGCACAAAGAGACAUCGGGAAACAACAGACACAUCAAAUGCAGUGCCCAGCUUUGAGCAGAAGAACACAGAUGUUUCCUCUGAACUGAGCAUUAAGUCCAAUAAAGAUACCAAUGCUCUGAGUGAGCAAGGAGAAGGGAACAAUUAUGAGGGAAAGACCAAAACAGAUGCCACAAUGACCUCCAAGAUCUCCAUUGCUCACAGUGAUGAGAACAAGCAAGGAUUAAGAUCACACCAACAGCACAGUUCGUUGGAAGCAGAGGAAGCCCAGAAAUCAAAGGACAACUGGAAAUCAGAUGACGACGCCAAAACCGGUGUGCCUGCCAAGAUGUCUCUUUCAAAAGGGCUGGAGAAGACCGACGCCUCACCUACCCCAAAGAACCAGGAAGAAGACAUUACCCACAGUGCCAAGCAACAAAGAGACCAAAUCAACAACGAGAAGAGGAGAGUUUCCACCAGUGACAGUCACUCCCAGUUUUCCUCAUCAGAUGAGGGUGAGAAAAGUUCUGAAGAAAGACAGGAUGAGGAGAAGAUCUCCUGCUCUCAGGCCUUCACUGCAGGAUAUGAGGAUGAGGAGAAAGGGAAGGAAGAUGAGAAGGCAAAAGAGAGUGAACCAAGACUGAGAGAGAGACAGCAUUCUGUGAGCUCCCAAGAGUCAAAUGCUCCCUCUGAAGCUCUGAAGGUGGAUGAAGAGGCGAAGGCCACCACACCAGGCCUACAGAGACAAGACUCAUCUCAGCGCAGCAUCAAAAGCAUUCUGAAGAUGAGCCGCUCCACCAGCCUGGACACAGAACCUGCCGAACUGGAGAGGAACAUGACUCCUACCACCAAAACCAACAAGGAUUUGAGUGUUUUUGAUGGAAAUGAGGAGGAAGAGGAGGAGGAUACAGAGGGGAGGAGGCUGCUGAGAGAGGAAAGCAGCUCAAGUGAGACUCCUCGCACUCCUUCCCCAGAUUCUGUGGACAAAACCCCCUCCGUCUCCCAAUCUGAAGAGGGGGAGGAGUUAGACAGCUUGGAUGGGAGCAUGAGCUCCUCUCUCAAAGAGAGGCUGGCAGAGUUUAAGGGUGGUGAUGAUGACUGGCGGAAGCAGCGGAAGAAGAAUAAAGCCACCAAUUUGGUCCAGACGCCCCUGGCUGACCGUUACUCCCAGCUGCAGGAAAGUGAGAAUACCUGGAAGAAGAAGAAGUCUUCUGCAGAUGUAGAACCAAAGAUGUCGCUGGCUGAGCGGAUGAAGAUUUUGCAGGAGAAAGAGGAACAAUGGAAGUCUAGAGGCAAAGGAGCUUCUAAUGACUCCACCCAGUUUUCUGUGGCUGGACGAAUGGCUAAGAGAGGCUUAGUGUCACCUAACAGAGAGGAUGCCCCCAUCAUCCUCAGCAAGAAGGCCAUUAUCAGCACACCAGUCAAACCAUUAGAAGAAAUCUCCACCUGUCCUGAUGCUGAGGGAGAUAAAAAACUUGACAAAUUGGAGUCCUUCUUGGACAGACUUCAUAAUAAAGGCAUUCCGGGGACUAAAAACUCCACCAUUGAAGUGACAGAGGAGAAAGAGAAAGAAGUCAUGACCCUGGACGAUGAGGAGACAUUUGGCCGGUUCUACAGUUGUAUAUCACCAACCACCCUGAGCUCCAUUCUCCUGCUGGAUGAGGAGGAGGACUUCAGCACUAUCCAGUCAGACACGCCGAAACUAACAUCAACAGUUGAGGAACACAAGCGUGCAGUGCGGCCCUCCCGGAAAACUAAGGGCUCAAAGAACCCUCUCCGUGCCCUGGCUGCUCGAGACGACCUCAGACAGACUUACACUGAGCAGAGACUCAACGUGGCCUCCGUGGAAACCAAAAGGAUACAAAUGGAGCGAAUGGCCAAGCACUCUAAUCUGGCAGAUGCGGCCUUGGCAGGUCUGGCCAGCAAAGAGAACUUUAGGAAAGUCAACCUACGCAGUGUGAAGUCUACAGAGGUGGUGACCAACAACAGUGCUGUGCCUUUCCACAAGCUCAUGCUCAUCCACAUCAAAGGACGCAGGCAUAUUCAAGUUCGUCUGGUUGAACCCACAGCCCGCUCUCUGAACAGUGGAGACUGUUAUCUGCUCAUAACACCCAAACACUGCUUCUUCUGGAGUGGAGAGUUUGCCAAUGUCAUUGAAAAAGCCAAGGGGUCAGAGAUGGCCCAGUAUGUCCAGACUAAGAGAGAUCUGGGCUGCAAGGCUCCACAGGUCACAGUACUGGAGGAGGGUGUCAACACAGAGAAUCGUUCCGCCAAAGAGUUCUGGAGUCUGCUAGGAGGAAAGACUGAGUACAGAGGCGCAGGAGAGCCGGAGGAAGAUGAACUUUAUGAGAGUGGUAUAGUGGAGUCAAACUGUGUCUACAGACUGGUGGAGGAUAAGCUGGUUCCUUACGAGGAGGCCUGGGCGUCUAUCCCCAGCGUUUCUCUGCUCAACUCUAAGGAGGCGCUGGUGUUUGAUUUUGGCAGUGAGGUGUACGUGUGGACAGGCAAGGAUGUUCCUCUGAGUGAAAGGAAGGUGGCAGUGCAGCUGGGCAAACAGCUCUGGACUGGAGCGUAUGACUACAGCACUUGCAGGGUCAACCCUCUUGACCCCUCUUCAGCCAAUAAAGACACCCCUAAACAAGGUGAGGGCAGACCAAGUUGGGCCCUGUUUGGACGGCUGUCAGAACACAAUGAGACCGCUCUGUUCAGAGAGAAGUUUCUAGACUGGGCAGAGAGGAAAUCCAUCAGAGAGGAGCCGGUGGUGGAAGAGGUGAAGAGUCCAGUAUGUCAGCACCUUCCCACCUAUGACUCUGACCUGAAGCCCUGUGAUGUGAGUGAGAUGCUGGCGGGCGGGGCAGUUCCUGUGAAGAUGGUGCUGGAGGGUGUGGAUGUGCAGAGGGGUCACGGAUUGGUCCGUUCAGAGGACGGGCGUCAAGCUGAGCUGGCCACAAUAGCUGUGGACGCAUGGCACAUCCGUGAGUUUGAUGAUUUUGAGAUCCCGCAGGAGAGCGUGGGUCAACUACACGAGGGGGACACUUACGUCAUCCGUUGGAAAUACUCUGUCACUAAUGUCGUUGGUAAGAGGCUAAAGCCUGGUGAAGUGAGGACAGCUGGCCCAGGCAGGGAGCGCACAGCAUGCUUCUUCUGGCAGGGACGUCACUCCAGUGUCAGUGGGCGGGGCACAUCUGCCUUGAUGACGGUAGAACUGGGCAACCACAGGGGGGCACAAGUGCUGGUCACACAAGGAAAAGAGCCGCCCUGCUUCCUCCAACUCUUCCGGGGAGGGCUAAUCAUCCACCGAGGCUCAAGGGAGGAUAGCUCCAGCAACACAGGAGACUGGCAUUUGUUUUGUGUGCGUGGAGAGGUAGAGGAGGAGGGCUCCCUGGUUGAAGUGGAGUGCUGUUGUGCCAGUCUGCGUUCUCGUGCCAAUUUGGUGCUGCUGGGAGUACAGGCAGGGCAGCUGUACCUAUGGCAUGGCUGUAAGUCUCACCCCAGUGCCCGACAGGUGGGAAAGAGGACUGUGGAGCGCCUUACUCAAACGUGUCCUCGUGAGCUGGGUUUGAACAGUAACAGCAGUUUGAAGGUACUUGAGAUAGAGGAGGGAACUGAGCCAAAUGAUUUCUGGACUGCUCUUGGCAAGCAAGACAGGAAAGCAUAUGACUGCAUGCUGCAAGAUCCAGGGAAGUAUAAUUUCACCCCACGACUUUUCCAUCUGAGUGCCAGCGGUGGGACUUUUCAGGGAGAGGAGCAGUUCAACCCUGCCCAAGUGACAGGUGCUGUCAUGGCAAUGCCGUUCCUGCUGGAGAACUUGUAUUUGGCCCCUCAGCCUGCUCUGUUCUUGGUGGAUAACAGGAUGGAAGUUUACCUUUGGCAAGGACAGCAGCCAGAAGAUACAGAAUGCACUGGCUCGGCCAAGAUCCGCUGGGACAUUGAGAGGAAGUGUGCCAUGGAGACAGUGCUACAGUAUUGCCAAGGGAAGAACUCCAAGCGGCCCCCUCAGGCAUAUUUGAUCCUGGCUGGAGCAGAACCACUAACCUUUACCAACAUCUUCCCUUAUUGGGAGAAAGACCCAAAUAUUAAAAUACAGUUAGAGGGACCCCAUAAUAAAGUGAUCCUGGUAAAUGAUGCUCUGUCGAAACUCAGCAGACAACAGUACACCCCAGAGGAGCUCACCUCCAAACCCCUACCAGAGGGAGUGGAUCCUCUGCACCUCGAAUACUACCUGUCUGAUAAAGACUUCCAGAGUGUUUUGGAGAUGCCACGGGAUGAAUUUCAUGCUCUCCCAAACUGGAAACAGCUUAAUCUGAAAAAGAGCAAAGGCCUCUUCUAAACAAAAAAAAAAAAAAAAACUCUUGUGUCUGCAAUCUGUAUAUGCACUUACAGUUAUUAUCUACUAAGAAAUUGUGUAUUUUCUCUGUAAUUUUAAGCAAACCUUUUUUAUAUGUAUAGCACUAAUGUGUACAGUCUGAAAUUUCUUAAAAAGAUGAACCCAUACAGUACCUUUGGUGAUAGCGAUUUCAUGCUUUAUAAUUUAGUAGCUUUUGGUUAAACACAUUUUCUACAUGUUUUAAGUAUGAAAAAGUGUACGUUUUAGGAAAUAACAUGAACAAUAUCCACACACACACACACAAAAAAAUCUCUGUCUCAUUAAGUACAAGCUUGAAUUAUAAAUAUGUAUUAUAUUUUAUUGUUUUAACCCGUUUGUUGUCGAACUGUGACUUUAAAAUGCAUUAAACACUAAUUGUGAAACUUCAUGUAAUAAGGUCGAAACAAAUGCAGGCCUUUUACUAAGUCAGAGCUGUGUUUGUUCAACCUACACCACGGAAAGUGAAUUGCUCUUUAAUCAAGCCAUAAUGUGUGUACAUAUUAAGUGCACUACUGCCACUGGCGUGUUCAUAUGAAUAAUAUACAGUGUUAUCUGAUCUCUUUAAUGUGGCUAUACAGUAUAAGCUGUCAAAAAUAUUACAAAUAACGGACCCACUUUAUAUUAGGUGUCUUUUACUACUAUGUACUUAUGUGCAUACGUGUUGUUGCAUUGUACUUACAUUUAAAGUACCUGCAUUUAAUUACAUCUGUAGUUACACUGUUAACCUUAACCCCUAUCCCUAAACCUACCCAUACCUCAACCUCAGUAGCAGCAAAUGUGAAUCUUAUGAGAAUUUAGCAGCACAAAAUGUAUACAGUGUACAUAUUAUGUGCAUACGUGUUGUUGCAUUGUACUUACAUUUAAAGUACCUGCAUUUAAUUACAUCUGUAGUUAGACUGUUAACCUUAACCUUAACCCCUAAUCCUAAACCUACCCAUACUUCAACCUCAGUAGCAUCAAAUAUGAAUCUUAAGAGAAUUUAACAGAACAAAAUGUAGUUACACAAUAAGUACAUUGUAUUGUAUGUAUUUUUAUGUUAGUACAUAGUAAAGACACCUAAUAUAAAGUGGUACCCAAAAAACUAAUUAAUAUGUUUGUAUGUAUGUAUGUAUGUAUGCAUGUUGAUUUUGAAAUGUAUGUAUGUGUUUUGUUUGUUCCAUUCCAGAAAUAUGCCAGAACAUUAGAAACUCAGUAAAUUCAUGCCAUUCAGUCUUAACCCACUAGGUGUCAUCCUCUUUUUGUCCAUUCUGUGGCGAUAUAAUGUAAGAAUAUUAUUACAUCCUGUAAAUACUAAUAUGUUGAGUAUUGAAAUGUUAACAGUUGUUCAGUUUGGCAUCUGAGAGACCCAAAGGCUAUUUUAAUAGAUUGAAAAAUUGACAUAACAUUUUAGUAUCCAGUUAAUACUUGACAUUUCUUAAUCUUUUGAGAACUGAUUAUAACAAAAUUUCGAUCUUCAAAUGUCCUCCAUGAAAAUUUGUACAUAUGUUUGGGAUCUCAGACCCUACAUAAAAAGUAAUAAUAAAUGCAUUGAAUUACA